UUAGCGGGUACAUUUUCGAUCUCGAUUCGAUAGCACAGCUAAGUGAAGGGGCAUUGUUUUGAUGAAGAAGAUCCAGUCUGAUAAAAACGAACGAGAUUAGAGGUUAUCUCGGGUUUGUUUACCCGGUUCACGAGGCGAUGAGAGCGUAACUCGACUUUUUUUCUGGCAGGUUAUUUUUUUACUUAGAAAAGUCCGAAUGCUAACUAGCCUCCAGAGCUAACGUCAGCUAACUAACUGGAGUGCUGCGAUGUCCUGCGGCGGUGCAACGUUUUCUUGUUUCGUUGUCAACUCCAGCGGCUUGUAAAGAACAGAAAGCCGGCGUUUUGAAUGGCGGUGGCUCCUGCCUCGAUGGCAGAUAAAAUCAUUGUGCUUGAUGAGGAAGACGAAGAAGAAGAGAGUCCUCAGCCCUCCUCCUCUGCCUCCAAAUCAAGCCCUGACCUUCAAGCCAAAAAUGUCUCGCCUCUUGCAACAUCUGUUUUUUUUUUUCACUUCCUUGUUGUUCUCCUUGGUUCCUUAUCUGUCAUACUUUCUACUAUAUCUCAUCCUUUUUUUCCGUUUUCUUCCCUCCAGUUUGUGGAGCACUGCAGGCCCCUCACAGAGGACUGCCCGGAGGUCUUGACCUUCCUCCAGACAAAGCACUCCAAGGCCUGCCCGGACUUCCUGUCAUCAGUGGAGUUCAGGAACACUUUGGGACGAUGUUUGACUCGCGCUCAGGCCACCCGCUCUAAAACAUUUGUCUACAUCAAUGAACUGUGUACUGUGCUCAAGCAGCAUGCCAUCAAGAAGAGGCAAACCGUCUUCAAGGUUGACCCUGGGCCUUCUACCUCAACGUCGAGUGAUCUUCAGUCUACCUCCGUCACGCUCAAAAGUACAAGAAAGAGUAAAGGUAACCUGGAGGAAGAGGAAGAAGGUGUGCAGCCGGCAGCAGAUGAAGAGCAGCCCUCCACCUCAGGACAGCAAGAGAACAGAGAGGCAGACCGAGAAGAGGAGAGAAAAGCUAGAAGAGCCUCCAGGAAGCAGAUAGCGUACCUGGAGAACCUGCUGAAGGUGUACAACGAGGAGAUCUGCCGCCUGCAGCAGGCUGAGCUGAGUCUCACUGACAUGGAAGCGGAGGACUCGUUAUUCAUCCAGGAGCACAAACUCAAACGCAAGAUGAUGAAGAUUUAUGAAAAACUGUGUGAACUAAAGGGCUGCAGCACACUAACAGGCCGAGCCAUUGAACAGAGAAUCACCUACAAAAGCACUCGUUACCCUGAGAUCAACAGGAGGAUCGAGCGUUUCAUCAACAGUCCCGAGGUACGACACAACCCUCCUGAUUACCAGGACAUCCUCCAGGAGGUGUUGCGUGCCAACGAUCGCCACAACCUCUGCUUGACCAGGAAGCAUAUAAAUCAGAUCGCCCAGGAGGCGUUCAGAGAGACCGGGAGCCGCAUACAGGACCGCCGUCACCUGGACCUCGUCUACAACUUUGGCUCUAGCCUCACCGACGCCUAUAAACCUGCCACAGACCCGGCUCUGAAGGACCCCUCACUGCUGAAGAAACUGCGGUCGAACCGAGAAGUCGCUCUAACUAGCCUGGAGGAGGUCAUCAAGAAGUACGCUGUGAAACAGGACGACACGGAGGAGAAGGAGAGGAACAAACGACUGCAGAAAGACAGGAAGGACAAAGAGCGAGUUCAUGGUUUUAUUUCUCUGGGUUCAUUUAUUCUCUGUAUGUUUGUUGAUCUCGGCUCUUUCAUUCUCCUCAGUGAUGCGGACAUCCCUCUGGAUAUGGGCGUUGUGAGCUGCAACUCUCCAGAGACCACUCGAGCAAACACGCCAACGCAGGAAGUGGUCAGCAGCUCGCAGUCGACACCGCCACCGAAGAAAAACAAGGUCAACGUGGCGACACAGUGUGACCCAGACGAGAUCAUCGUCCUGUCAGACUCAGAUUAACCUUUAACCUCAGAACUCUGACUACUCACCUGCUCUCUUUGGUCGACUUCCUGAGGUUUCACAUUCUCCUCUUCCAGCUCGUGUUCGACGCAGAGACUUCUUUUCUGCAGUUUCUGCGAACUACUUUGACAAAGUCCACGAGAGCCAUUUACAGCAGAGGAAGUCUGAGGUUUGAAGCAAAUAAAAGCCAACGCGACUGUUUUUGUAAAGAACUGGAAUGAAAUGUUUGUGAUUCAAUGUGUAUGAACGCCAGCUGAAGCAGCAGGUUCUGGGAUGCCUCUGCUGUGCACUACAGAAUAAAGUUUUCAUUUGAUCCGAGCAGGGAAACUCGAGCUGACGCUGACCUCGGCUGCUUCUUGCACUUUGGGUACGGAAACUAACCGCCACUCAUUGUGUCGCUAAAAAUAGUGAAAUACAUUCUGUUUUUUUUACUGCUCUGAAGCUGAAAAUACUUCACUGGGAUUCUUUUUACUCGACCUGAACGCUGAUUUGUGGUUGGUGUGUUUUUUAGGUAACAAUCAGUGCCUGAUUAAAAUUGAACUGAGCAGUCAGACGUGAGGCCCGGAUGUUGAAUUUCACUGGUCACGGCUGCUCUGGCAAACUUCCAGUUUGUUUACAUUUUUAUAUUUCAAAUCUGUUCUUUCUUAACAGAGCAGGCGGUGAGGUGAUGUUCUCUAUUAAAGUCUUUCUAUUGA